AUGGCAAACCCGAGAAAGCAAGGAGAACAGAAGAAGGAGGAGAAAAAGCCCGGCGACCAACAGCAGAAGCCAGGUGUGUCUAAGCCGAAGCCGAAACCCACCCCUUAUUCAACUAUCCUGAAGGCCUUAGGACUUAUGGAUUCAAAAUCUCCAACUAUCAGCGAUGAAGUAUACGGCCUGCUUCAUAAAGUCUGUCAAAAUCACAAGCCUUGUUCAGGCACCCCUACCGGGGACCAUUGUGUCCAACUCAUUGGCAUGCAAAAUCGUAUUACCAAACACGAUCUGUUCCACAAGAAGAAGGUGAUGCCAGCCUUGAGGAAACUUGACGUUGUCUGGCGCAACUAUUCGCACCGCCACCCUGCAGAAGCUCAACAAGUUGAAGAGGAGCUUAUGGAAUUGGAUAACCAAGAGCCUGAAGACCAGCCCGGCGCCUCCAAUGUAAAGGACAACCCCUCCAAGGACAAGAAGGCCAAGUCGAAGAAGUCAAGUGCAGAGGAAGAUCAAGCUAAGUAAACAGAUCUCUAUGGUUGUUGUAUGUCAAUUCAGGUAAAAAUAAAUAAAAUUUUUCCUGUUUUUUCAUAACACAAUUCCGCUCUUCCCCCUCCCACAACCGAUACCUUUUACUCUCGCACUCUGUAGCUAAUGCAUCCGAGGCAAUUAUCCACUAGCGAUUGGUUUUGAGCCACGCUCGACCCUCUCGGGUCACACUAGAUGGCUUACCCUUCCGCCGCUCACUCUGAGUAGCGAUUUCAUCUCCAGUAUCAAUUGAGUUCGGGUACUUCUAUCUAUUCAAGAGCUUCCGCUUCCGCGUAUGCUUAUCUGAUCAUGCUUUUAUUAUAGGCUGUGCCUUGGUUCUCACGAACCGCACGAACAGUGCAUCCUUCAGCCGCCCUAUCAUAGACCUGUCACCAAUGGCUGCCAUAUAGAGCGAAAACCCAACGCUUCUAUAGGCACUGAGGCAGCUGGGCUCUGCCUGUAUCGUAUACUUCAUCACUUUUCACUUCGGUUUGUAGCCUCCUUUCUCACUAACCUUUCUACAGCACUUGACAUCAAAUCGAUAGCUCAAGGCUAACUUUUGUCCGUACUUGGCUUUCGAUCGGUAACUUAGCGAGGGGAGGUAUUUGGUUAUCUUGAUUUGAGGGGUACUCAUCUCUCACACCAAACCUGCUGCUCAGUAAAAGUAGCCUCUUUCACUUCAUGCCCUACUAUGAUUCUUGCCAGCCUUGAGGAAACUUGACGUUGUCUGGCGCAACUAUUCGCACCGCCACCCUGCAGAAGCUCAACAAGUUGAAGAGGAGCUUAUGGAAUUGGAUAAUCAAGAGCCUGAAGACCAGCCCGGCGCCUCCAAUGUAAAGGACAACCCCUCCAAGGACAAGAAGGCCAAGUCGAAGAAGUCAAGUGCAGAGGAAGAUCAAGCUAAGUAA